CCUCCCUUCCCUCCUCUGUCCCUGCAGCACUUCUGGGGCCCCGUAGCCAACUGGGGCCUUCCCAUCGCUGCCAUCAAUGACAUGAAGAAGUCUCCCGAGAUUAUCAGCGGGCGGAUGACGUUCGCUCUCUGCUGUUACUCCCUGACGUUCAUGAGAUUCGCCUACAAGGUGCAGCCCCGGAACUGGCUCCUGUUCGCCUGCCACGCCACCAACGAAGUGGCCCAGCUCAUUCAGGGAAGUCGCCUCAUCAAACACGAGAUGACUAAAAAGGCAGCGUAACCAGCGAACGCGGGAAGCCAGCUGUUGGAAGGGAAGCGUGCGAGCCGCCGCCGCCGCGUCCGGUUCCAUCCUCGGACAGGCUUGCUAGGAAACCAGGCCGAUGCCACUCUUACUAACCGAUUUUUCUAGAAGCAGCUGAGAGCCCCCCAAGCUGGCUCUCUGCUGCCUUACAAGUACUAUGUUCCUUCUCUUCGCACAGAGGGGCUCCGCACAGGCAGGCAGUGUAGCCGUUCCGGUGGUGGUUUUAUCUCCGGUAAUGGGGGUAAGACCUGUUGGAAUUUACGUAGUGCAACACCGAGGAGCCCGCUCCUAAUUAUUAGCAUCUAAGUACCGGCGUCCUUAGCUGCGAUGACCACGGACCGACGGCUGGCCACAUGCUGAAACCCCAUUGCCCACGUCUGAUAAAGGGCGUAUUUCCACGCAGUGUGUACUGGGCUGCUGGGACUUAAUGGCAAUAAAUGAUUUAAAUAUUUGUCAAA